AUGGGAUCCGAGGAUGAUGAGGCAACUCUUAUGAGAAGAAACAAGCUAUUACAAGAAGCAAUCACCAAAGAUAUCCUUGCAGCCAUGGAGAAGUUGUUGGAGGAUAAACUCGAUCAAAGGCUAUCUGAUAGACAAGACCAGAAUGCUGAGCAGAGACGUGAGCCAAGGAGCAAUAGGCAUGGUCGUCGUGAGCAUGCUGGAUCAGAAGAGACUGAUAACUUCUAUGAGAGAAGUAGCCAUAGCUCUGGAUCAAGACACAGCAGUAGGAGAUCACGACAUGAUCAUGAGGGCAGAAGGCAUAGGCGCAAUGAGCUAUCAGGAUUGAAGCUUAAGAUCCCUCCUUUCCAUGGCAAGGCUGAUCCGGAUGCAUAUCUUGAGUGGGAAAAGAAGAUAGAGCUUGUCUUUAAUUGUCAACACUACUCUGAGAUUAAAAAGGUUCAAGUUGCUGCUACUGAGUUCAAUGACUAUGCAUUGAGUUGGUGGGAUCAGUUGGUUACAAACAAAAGGCGCAAUGGGGAGUUUCCUAUUGAGACAUGGGCUGAGAUGAAGUCUUUGAUGCGUAGGAGGUUUGUUUCCAGCCACUAUCACCGUGAUCUUCACCAAAAGCUGAGGCUUCUUACCCAAGGUUCCAAGUCUGUGGAGGAAUACUAUCAAGAGAUGGAGUUGCUUAUGUUGAGAGCUAAGGUUUCUGAAGAUAGUGAAGCUACCAUGGCACGGUUUCUUGGUGGGCUCAACCGUGAGAUACAAGACAGGGUAGAGAUGCAGCACUACUUGGAGAUAGGGGAGAUGCUACACAAAGCUAUCUUGGUAGAGCAACAAGUUAAGAGAAGAAGUCAUGCGCGUGGCAGCUAUAGUUCCAGUAGAUACCAGACUUCUAAGGAAGAUAAACCAAGCUAUCAGAAAGAGGUCAAACCACAGCCAAAGGAAGAGUCUAAGCCUAGUAGUAUCUAUAGCAAGGAUAAAGGUAAAGCAGAGGCUACCAGCUCGCGUGCAAGAGAUUUGAAGUGCUUUAAGUGUCAAGGGCGUGGGCACUAUGCUAAUGAGUGUACCAACAAGAGAGUUAUGGUUCUUUUGGAGAAUGGCGAGUAUGAAUCUGAAGAUGAGAGACCAGAGACUGAGCAAGAAUCUUCAGAAGCAGAAUACGAAGAGAAACCAGUUCAUGGUAGGCUUUUGGUUGCAAGAAGAACACUCAGCCUACAAAGCAAGACCGAGGAGCAAGAACAGAGGGAAAACUUGUUCUACACCCGCUGUAUGGUGCAAGGAAAGGUCUGUAGUCUGAUCAUUGAUGGUGGAAGCUGUGUCAAUGUUGCUAGUGAGAUAAUGGUAAAGAAGCUUGGCCUACAAACUCAUAAACAUCCCAAGCCUUACCGACUGCAAUGGCUUAAUGAAGAAGGCGAGAUGAGGGUAUCUACUCAGGUUUCUGUACCCUUAUCCAUUGGGAGAUAUGAAGAUGACAUCCUCUGUGACGUGAUACCCAUGGAAGCCAGUCACAUAUUGCUUGGAAGGCCUUGGCAGUUUGAUAGACGUGUCACUCAUGAUGGCUUCACCAAUAAACAUUCUUUUGAGUUCAACGGCAAGAAGACUACCCUAGUGCCUCUAACUCCUAAAGAAGUACAUGAAGAUCAAUUACAACUUCAGAAAAAGAAAGAGAUUGAUCUCAAGCCUGAUAAGAACCACAACUUCUAUGCCAAAACUGGUGACAUCAAAAGAUCUCUCUACUCUAAUCAAUCAGUUCUCUUAUUUGUUUUAAAAGAAUCUCUUGUUAGUCUAACUGAUUGCACACCGGUGUAUCCGAGUGAGAUGUCAGCUCUUUUACAGGAUUAUCAAGAUGUGUUUCCAGAAGAUAGCCCCACGGGUUUACCACCUAUACGAGGGAUUGAGCAUCAGAUAGAUUUUGUACCAGGUUCUACUCUUCCCAAUAGACCAGCCUACAUAACUAACCCGGUUGAGACCAAGGAGCUCCAAAGACAGGUUGAGGAACUGAUGAAGAAAGAUGGAGUGAAAGUGGAUCCAGAGAAGGUGAAAGCUAUACGAGAAUGGCCCAUCCCUAAGACAGUGAGUGAAGUAAGGAGCUUCCAUGGACUUGCUGGCUUCUAUAGGCGAUUUGUGAGGGAUUUCAGAAUUGGUAUUGGUGUUGUUCUUAUGCAGGAGAAAAGACCUAUUGCAUACUUUAGUGAGAAGCUUGGAGGAGCCACUCUCAACUAUGCAACUUAUGAUAAGGAACUCUAUGCUUUGGUGAGGGCCUUGCAGACUUGGCACUAUUAUCUAUGGCCCAAGGAGUUCGUAAUCCACACUGAUCAUGAGUCUCUCAAGUACCUUAAAGGCCAGAACAAGCUCAGUAAGAGGCACGCCAGAUGGGUAGAAUUCAUUGAAACCUUCCCUUAUGUGAUCAAAUACAAACAAGGUAAGGAGAAUAUAGUUGCUGAUGCACUAUCAAGAAGAUAUGCUCUCUUAAACACUCUUGAUGUUAAACUAUUAGGUUUUGAGCAUAUUAAAGGUAUGUAUGAGACUGAUUCCGAUUUUAAAGAUGCUUAUAACUCUUAUGAAAAGGUUGCUACUGGGCAUUACUUUAGGCAUGAUGGAUUUCUUUUCUAUAACCGUUUGUGUGUGCCUAACUGUUCUUUGAGAGAGUUAUUUGUCAGGGAAUCUCAUGGAGGAAGCCUUAUGGGUCACUUUGGUGUUACAAAGACUCUUAAAACCUUGCAGGAUCACUUCUUUUGGCCUCGGAUGAAAAGAGAUGUGGAAAGAAUUUGUGAGAGGUGUGCAACUUGUAAACAAGCUAAGUCUAAGGUUCAGUCACAUGGUUUGAAGGAAAGAUUUCCAAAGGAGAGGAAGUCCAAGCUAAUGCCGAGGAUUGAUGGACCGUUUGAGAUCAUAAAGAAUAUCAGCAACAAUGCCUACAAGCUUGAUCUCAAAGGGAAGUAUGAUCAUGCUGAUCAAGAUGAAGAGUUCCAACUAGCUAAAGAAGAUGGGAAGCCUAAAGAUGGUGCAACCAAAGAAGAUGAUGCCUUAGUCAUUUCCAAUGGCCCCAUAACUCGAUCCAAAGCUAAGAUACUCAAGGAAGCUAUUGGAGGAUUAAUCAAGAAGUGUUUGAUCCAUGAAGAAAGUCUUGAAGGAAGCUUGAUACUUCAAGAUACACUUGUUUUUAACGAGGCCAUAGUCUUGCUGCUCAAAACUCCUAGAUGA